CCCCCAAAAAGAGGAAAGCACUAGACAAAGGGUUGUAAGGUGUUUCUAUGCCAUACCUACAUGACCAAAGGACUGUUACUAUUGCUUUUCGACACUAUCUCAUUCUUUUUAUUUCUCUAAUGGAGCUGCACCCUGACCUGAUUUCAACGGUUUUUUUGCACAGAGAACAUCAUCUUGUCUGAACUUUAAAUGUCUAGCUGCAUUUUGACACUGUAAAAGAAAAGUGUACAUUCUGAAAACCUACUUAUGUCAGAGAGAUAUUCUUAACUGUACUUUCCAGAUUCAAGUAUCAUCCGUUUCAUUGCAGCAUUGGAGAUAAAAAGGACAUCAGACAGAAAAAUUUCCUCUCUGCAAAGGAAGGUGCCUGCAGCUUGCAUAGCUCUGACCAUUCAUUCAAGAAAUACCGGCAUAAAUGAGAAAUUCAACAUGUCUUCUUCAGCCAUCGUUAGCUACUACUGUAGCUCUACCAGUCAUCUACUCUUUCUUAUUUCCUGCUGGAAGUUUUGGAAAUAUUCUUGCUGCCUGGAUAUUUUCGAGACAAGCACCCACAAAAAGAACACAAUACAUUUACCUGGCAAACCUUGUCACUGCAAAUUUACUUGUAUGUAGCACAAUGCCUUUUCUGGCUGUCUAUUUUGCAAGAGGGUACCAGUGGACUUACGACUCUCUAGCAUGCAGAAUAGCAAAUCACAUUGGGACUCUCAUUAUGCAUGUCAGUAUGUAUGUUACGAUUAUAAUUUUAUGUUCAACUGCUCUAAGUCAGUAUGCAACACUGAAGAAAAAUAGUGACACACAAUACUCUCAAGUGGUUAAUGAAAACUUUUACAGAUGUGUACUUGAAAAAUUUCGUCAGCCAAAAUUUGCUAAAUAUAUGUGCAUCAUUAUAUGGCUUACUGUGCUCUGCAUAACGGUAAUAGCUAUAACAUAUAAUGUCCAGGGAGGGGCUAUGGAAGAAUUUCAGAGAUGCUACAACAUCAGGGUAGAAGCUGGGGAAUUUACCACAAGGAUUGCAGCUUCUCUUGCCACUGCAUGUUUUUUUUUAUCUUUUAUAAUAGUUUUGUCAUCAUACUAUUCUCUUACCAGACAUCUGAGUAAAAUACAAAAAAAUACCUGUAUUGGAGAAAAACAUCUAAUUUACAAUACAGUGAAAAGAAACAUUCUUGUCAUCCAGAUGAUAUUAACUGUCUGCUUUCUUCCGUAUCAUAUUUUUAGGCCAAUUUUUUAUAUACUGCUUACAAAUAAUGACUGCCCAAGGCUAAACUGUAUAGUGGAAAUUAAAAAUUUCCUUACUUGUCUUGCUGCUGCUAAGAGUAGUUUAGAUCCAGUUAUAACCCUUCUGCUAGAUAAAAAAUUUAAGAAAUGUCUGUAUGGCCUGUUUACAAAAUCCACACCCGAACACCAAAAACGUAAAGCUGAUAUUUUCACUGAAGAGACUCCCGAAAUGUGAAGGAAUAUGAAAAGAUUUUAGUAGAAUAUAAGUAACAAUAAACUCAUUUAAACUACCUAUAACCAGACUUUGAUAUGACAUGGUGAAUAUUUAAGUAAAAUGAUAACAUAUUACUUGUAACUUUUUUUUCAAAUUAUCUUGCU